CCAUGCGUCCGUCGUCGCGUUACCCGCCGCAACCCGCGCUACUCGCUCUCGCUCUCGCCCUCGCCCUCGCGGCGGCGGCCCCGGAGCUGAGACCCCUCGCCGCCGCCGUCACCGUCACGCCGCCGCCGGAGCGGACGGACGAGGAGGUGCGGCGGCUGUACGAGGAGUGGAGGUCGGAGCACGACGCGGGGCCGAGGCGUGGCGCCACCGGCGGCAGCCUCGGCCCGGGCGAGGACGACGACGCGCGGCGGCUGGAGGUGUUCCGCUACAACCUCCGCUACAUCGACGCGCACAACGCGGAGGCGGACGCGGGGCUCCACGGCUUCCGCCUCGGCCUCACCCGCUUCGCCGACCUCACCCUGGAGGAGUACCGCGCCCGCCUCCUCCUUGGCUCCCGCGGCCGCAACGGCACCGCGGUGGGCGUCGUCGGGAGCCGCCGCUACCUGCCCCUAGCCGGGGAGCAGCUCCCCGACGCCGUGGACUGGCGCGAGCGCGGCGCCGUCGCCGAGGUCAAGGACCAGGGCCAAUGCGGUGCGUGCUGGGCGUUCUCGGCGGUGGCAGCGGUGGAAGGGAUCAACAAGAUCGUGACAGGCAGCCUCAUCUCGCUGUCGGAGCAGGAGCUUAUCGACUGCGAUAAGUUCCAGGACCAGGGCUGCGAUGGCGGCUUAAUGGACAAUGCUUUCGUGUUCAUGAUCAAGAACGGCGGGAUCGACACCGAGGCCGACUACCCGUUCACUGGCCACGACGGGACGUGCGAUCUCAAACUGAAAAAUACAAGGGUUGUAUCCAUAGAUUCGUUCGAGCGUGUGCCCAUCAACUACGAGAGAGCGCUGCAGAAGGCCGUGGCGCACCAGCCUGUUAGUGCCAGCAUUGAAGCAUCUCGGCGCGCGUUCCAGCUCUACAGUUCUGGCAUCUUCGACGGGAGAUGCGGGACGUACCUGGACCACGGUGUGACGGUGGUGGGGUACGGCAGCGAGGGCGGCAAGGACUACUGGAUCGUGAAGAACUCGUGGGGCACCCAGUGGGGCGAGGCCGGGUACGUCCGGAUGGCGCGCAACGUCAGGGUGAGGGCCGGCAAGUGCGGCAUCGCCAUGGAGCCGCUGUACCCGGUGAAGGAGGGCCCGAACCCGCCGCCGGGCCCGACGCCGCCGUCGCCCGUGAAGCCGCCUAACGUGUGCAACGCGGAGUACUCGUGCCCGGAGGCCACCACCUGCUGCUGCGUCUCCGAGUACCGCGGCAAAUGCCUCGCAUACGGCUGCUGCGAGCUGGAGAACGCCACCUGCUGCGAGGACCACUCGUCCUGCUGCCCGCACGACUACCCCGUCUGCAGCGUCCGGGACGGGACCUGCCGUAAGAGCGCCAACAGCCCGAUGAUGGUGAAGGCUCUGCAGCGCAAGCCGGCGAUGUAUACUGGCGGCGGCGGCGGCGGCGAGCAAAGCGGGAGGAGCAGCUGGUGAGGAGAUUGAGACUGUGGUGGUGCGUGGCGUGUACUGUUCAUCGUUCAGACAGAUGACUUGCUGGCCAUGCUGUGGGCUCAGGAACUGCUUCUUCACAGUGGCGAUGUUCUGAUCUGUAAUGCACGAAGCACGAUACUAUUUGUUGUAUAUGUAUGUAUGUGUAACUACAGAUAAGAUUAGGAACGGUGUGAAAGAAUAAAGAAACCGAUGGAAUAAGUGAUU